AAGGUCAGAUUCCGACUCAGGAGGGAACAUGGACAAAAUGAACGGCAUUCUGCUUACAGUCUUCGUCAUUAUAACUGUAUUUUGCCAUUCUGGAUACACACUGCGAUGUUACCAAUGUGAUCAAAGCCCCUUCCUGUGUCGGAACAAUAUUACAUGUAGCUAUGAAGAAGAUGUUUGCUUGCAAAUUAGGUUUCUGCAUUUGAGAACCUAUGGCUGCUGGAAAUCAUCACAGUGCCAACAUCAAGAAAUUGCCAAUGCCUUUAACGCUGAUAGUUUUAGAUUCCUCUGCUGCUAUAGAGAUUUCUGCAACAAGAGUCCAGACAUCCUGGUCAGUACAGCUCCCCUCGGUAUUUCUGCGAUGACUGUGAUCUGGAUGAUGUACCUGUAAGAAAGAGAUGAAAAGAAAAGUGUUCUCCAUACAUCACACUCUCCCACCCCUUUUGAGUUCAUAUGUCUGUAGCUAAUUGGAGAAGAGGCACAUUGUCUCCAACCAGAAAAAUGCUGAGAUAUUAGAGAGUAAGAGGGAGAGAAGAUGCACGCUAAAU